AUGACAACAGAAGAAUCAGUUUCUCAAAAGGUAGAAGUAUUAUCAAUCAACGAUAGUACACCCGAACUCCCCGGUCCAAUCGUUCCUCAUGAACGACAAAUUGUCGAUGGUGUGAUUGCUAUUUGGAGAGAAGAUCCCAUGACUGAAUCAUUAGGAGUAGGGAAAUUGCAUGCGAUACUUAAAGAAAAGCAUCCAAAUUGGUCAGUUUCUGAAAAGAGAAUGAAAUCAUUAUUAAAGAAAUUUGGAUUAUUAACAAAUAGUUCUCAAGAACAAUUCACUUAUGCUUCUGAUAUUAAAUCUGAAAAAACCCCCGAUAUUGAAUUACCUCCAAAAGUUCAAAUCGUCAUGACUUCUAAAAGAGGGAAAGGAUUAUAUGCUAAACAUAAUAUAUCAAAAGGUGAUUUAAUUUGGAGUGAGAAACCAUUAUUUUUCAUUCCACCUUUAGCUAAUAUUAAUUUAAUGAAAACAGGAACCGCUUGUAGUUAUUGUGGGAAAUUAUUACAACAAAGUGAAGGCGCUACAGUAUUAAGAGGGUUGGAUUGUAAUAUAUGUUCAGAAAUUUGGUGUAGUAAACAAUGUAAACAACUAAAUGGGGAUUUACAUGGAUUAUUAAAACAUAACGUCUAUAAUCCAAAUUCAAAACGAUCAAAACUUAUUGAUGCAGAAGCAUUUUUACAAUUACAAGAUUAUUGUUUACAAGAACAAUGGAAUGCCCUUUAUGCCAUUACAUUAAUCUAUGCAGAUAUGUUGAUUGACAAAUCUGGAGUUAAGGCAAAACAAUUCAAAGCUAUGGCUAGAGUAUCACAAGAUAUUAGAUAUAAGGCAUUAAAUUCUUCAGCUGGUGCAUUUGAUAACUUAAGUGGAGGAGCACUUUUUGUUCAAGAACAACAAGAAGCAUUAUGGAAGAUUGGUUAUGAAAAGUUUCUUCAUGUAUUCCCAUCUAAUCCUAUUGAUUAUAAGGAAUUCUUAUAUAUGAUGGGGACCUAUAAUAUCAACAACUUAGAUUCUAAUGUAUUUUUGACUCAAUCUCAUUUAAAUCAUAAUUGUGACCCAAAUACUUCAGUUGAAACUGAAUUAAAUAGAACUUCAGGAUUAAAAGUAUUUGCAGCUAAAGAUAUUCGAGCAGGAGAAGAAUUAACUACAACUUAUGUAAACCCUAGUCAUACAGUUCAUCAAAGGCAAAGGGAAUUAAGAGUUAAUUGGGGAUUCAUUUGUGGUUGUCCUAAAUGUAAAGAUGAUUUAAAACAACAGCAUCGUCGUAAAUCUUCUAGUUCAAGUACUCAUAGUGCAACAACAGUUAGAAAAAUGUUACAAGAGGUUGGAAAACAAAUUGAACAAGGAGAAGAAGAAAUUGAAUUGGCUAUACCGAGUGUAGCUGGAAACAUGGAAAGAAGAAAGUCAGUUAGAUUUGAUGAGAAAGUUGUAGCUCAUAGUUAG